UUUUCCCAAUAGAAGAUGGUAAUCUUGGAGAAUGACCAUGGAGAAGGGGAUGAGUUCUGGAGAAGGGCUGCCUUCCAGAUCAUCUCAAGUUUCGGCUGUUAAAACAACAGCGAAAGAGUUGGAAACGAAGCAGUCCCAUAAAGAGAAGCGAGGGGGCUUUGUGUUGGUGCAUGCAGGUGCAGGUUAUCAUUCUGAAUCCAAAGCCAAGGAAUAUAAGCAUGUAUGCAAAAGAGCUUGUCAGAAGGCAAUUGAAAAGCUACAGGCUGGUGCUCUUGCAACAGAUGCAGUGACUGCAGCCCUGGUGGAGCUUGAGGAUUCUCCUUUUACAAAUGCAGGAAUGGGGUCUAAUCUAAAUCUCCUGGGUGAAAUUGAAUGUGAUGCCAGUAUAAUGGAUGGAAAAUCCUUGAAUUUUGGAGCUGUUGGGGCACUGAGUGGAAUCAAGAACCCAGUCUCAGUUGCAAACAGACUCUUGUGUGAAGGGCAGAAGGGCAAGCUCUCAGCCGGCCGAAUCCCUCCCUGCUUUUUAGUUGGAGAAGGAGCCUACAGAUGGGCAGUAGAUCAUGGAAUACCCUCCUGCCCUCCUAGCAUCAUGACCACAAGAUUCAGUUUAGCUGCUUUUAAAAGAAACAAGAGGAAACUAGAGCUGGCAGAAAGGGUGGAAACAGAUUUCAUUCAACUAAAGAAAAGAAGACAAUCAAGUGAAAAGGAAAACGACUCAGGCCCUUUGGACACAGUGGGUGCUGUGGUUGUGGACCACGAAGGGAAUGUGGCAGCUGCCGUCUCUAGUGGAGGCCUGGCCUUGAAACAUCCAGGGAGAGUUGGGCAGGCUGCUCUUUAUGGAUGUGGCUGCUGGGCUGAAAAUACUGGAGCUCAUAAUCCCUACUCCACAGCUGUGAGUACCUCAGGGUGUGGGGAGCAUCUCGUGCGCACCAUACUGGCUAGAGAAUGUUCACACGCUCUACAAGCUGAAGAUGCCCACCAGGCUCUGCUGGAGACUAUGCAAAACAAGUUCAUCAGCUCACCUUUCCUGGCCAGUGAAGACGGCGUGCUCGGAGGGGUGAUUGUCCUCCGGUCCUGCCGAUGCUCUGCAGAGCCUAACACCUCCCAAAAUAAGCAGACACUUCUGGUGGAAUUUCUGUGGAGCCACACGACCGAGAGCAUGUGUGUUGGAUACAUGUCUGCCCAGGAUGGGAAGGCCAAGACUCAUAUUUCCAGACUCCCUCCCGGCGCGGUGGCUGGACAGUCCGUGGCGAUUGAAGGAGGCGUCUGCCGCCUGGAGAGCCCGGUGAGCUGAGCCUUCCAGCGGAAUCCAGGCUCCACGGGGUUCGAACGGAAGUUGGAUGUUUUACCUUCCUCGUUUCUUAACUUCUGUCGCAGCCUCGCGUGUCCCUCGCGUGUCCCUCGCGCGUCCCUCGCCACACUAGUGCCGCUGUAGUUAGCGCUUGGCAACACGCGGGUCUUGGGCGGGGGAGCGGGAUGCUGUGUGUGUGGGUGUGUGUGUGUGCGUGUGCUCGCUUCUUCAAUGAAUUAGAAACUCCCCCUGAUUCUGUAACCUCAGACCAGGAAUGAUUAAAUCAUCUUCCCAAAAUGUGUGCUUUAACUGUUUACAGGUAAAACCUAAAGUUGCAGGAAGUGGUUGCUUUCACAAAGCAGUACCA